AUGAGUACUGAUAAUAAGCAUCACAAAAGAAUAUGGAAAGAAUAUAAGACGCCGAAUGGUAAAAAAUAUUAUUAUAAUAUUGAAACAAAACAAUCUACGUGGGAGAAACCUUUUAGUUUUUAUAAAACCAAUAAGAAUAACAGUAAUACUAAAGCAUUAGGGCAAACCCAUCAUGAAAUAGAAAAUAAAUUUGCAUUCAAGUUAUUGAAUGAAUGGUAUUUGAUAUUAAGAUCUGAUGGUAGCAAAUUUUAUUAUAAUGCUAGAUCGAACAGAUCUGUUUUAAAACUUGUUGAGGACAAAGAAGAUGAAAAAUUAAGUUUUGAUUUGAUGAAAUAUUUGGAUAAAAAUAAUUUAAUUAAAUUGAUAGGAUUAAUUCGAGGAUAUAAUGAUCCUAGUAUUGAUAUUAAGGGACUAUAUGAGGAGAUCGUUGCAAAUAUCGGGUUUUUAAAACAAGAUAUUCUUACUGAACAAAUGGAGAUAGAAGAUGGGGGAGAAGACGAGGAGGAGGAGGAGGAGGAGAAAGAAGAAAAAGAAGAUGAUGUCUCAGGUAAAAUCGAAGGUAAGUCAUCAGGUGAUGAUAAAGAUGUUGAGGGAAAUGCAAGCAAUAAACCAGAUAAUAUUAGUACCGAUGAGAUGAGAGAAGAAGAAGGAGAAGAAAGGUUUGAGGAUGAGGACGACAAUGAUGAAUUGAAUACGUUAAAUAACUUAACUUCUAAAGGAGGAGAAGAAGGGGAAGAUAAUAUUAAUGCAAGUGUACAAAAAGUUAAACAGGCAUUUUUUGAAUUACUUGAUAAGAAUAAACUAGAUAUGUAUUCUACGUGGUCAGUUCAGUCUCGUCGAAUCAUUGAGAGACCCACAAUAUUCUAUUCUAUAUCUAAUGAUAGUGAACGUGAAGAGAUUUUCGAAGAUUGGUGCCGGAAUAGAGUGCACUCUACGGGACUAUAUUCAUCCAAUGUCAAAGAGAAUAAUGAUGGUGACACUUUAGUUCGUGGUUCCUAUUAUGAAGAGGAAGAUAAAGAUGAUGAUGAUGAUGAUGAUGAUGAUGAUUUAGAGCCAACGAAAUAUCAUUAUUUAUCCGAGCUUAUAUUUAAAUUGCGUGAUUCAAUCAACGAGCGAAGUAUAUUUCAAGAUAUUAAACGUCAAGGUAAAUCACUGUUUAAAGAUUAUAGGAUAAAAGAUUGGAUUCCAGAUAAAAAGGAAUUGGAGAAGACAGUGUCCUUAUUGUUAUUUUAUUAUAAAAAGUUGUCAGAGCAAGAGCGAUGUGAUAAAUUUCAAGAAUAUGUAACCAAACAUUAUGGAGAGAAGAUUAAGUUACACCAUGAAGAGUUAAAUAAAAUAUUGGAACCAUCAUCAUCUGCUGACGCUGAAGCUGAAGCUGACGUUGAUAUAGAGAAGGAGAUCUUGCAGAUUGAAAAUGUCAUUUUAAGAAGCGGCGACGACCACGUACCCGUGACAGCUGCUGUGGAUACUCCAGGGCUGGAAUAUUAUAUCAUAGGGUUACGAGCGAAGCAUUCAGCUUUGGCAACCCUAAUACACCGCACGGCGCAACCACAACCACAACACCCAUAA